AUUAAUUGGCAAACACAAUUACUCUUGGAUCGGCCAUGGCUACUACUGUUCAUCUCAGCUCAUCCUCCCUCUUCAGCCAAUCCAGAGGAAGAAGAGACAACUCCAUAUCUUCCGUCAAGAGUCUCCGAAAACGCACCGUUUUAUCUCUCUCUUCUGCCCUCACCUCACAAGACGCAGGGCACAUGAUUCAACCAGAGGGAAAAAGCAACGAUAACAACUCUGCUUUUGAUUUCAAGUUGUAUAUGAUCCGCAAAGCCGAGUCUGUAAAUGCGGCUCUCGACGUUUCCGUACCGCUUCUGAAACCCCUUACUAUCCAAGAAGCGGUCAGGUACUCUUUGCUAGCGGGCGGAAAACGUGUGAGGCCUCUGCUCUGCAUUGCCGCUUGUGAGCUUGUGGGGGGCGACGAGGCUACUGCCAUGUCAGCCGCUUGCGCGGUCGAGAUGAUCCACACAAGCUCUCUCAUUCAUGACGAUCUUCCGUGCAUGGACAAUGCCGACCUCCGUAGAGGCAAGCCCACCAAUCACAAGGUAUAUGGAGAAGACAUGGCGGUUUUGGCGGGUGAUGCACUCCUUGCAUUGGCGUUUGAGCACAUGACGGUUGUGUCGAGUGGGUUGGUCGCUCCCGAGAAGAUGAUUCGCGCCGUGGUUGAGCUGGCCAGGGCCAUAGGGACUACAGGGCUAGUUGCUGGACAAAUGAUAGACCUAGCCAGCGAAAGAUUGAAUCCAGACAAGGUUGGAUUGGAGCAUCUAGAGUUCAUCCAUCUCCACAAAACGGCGGCAUUGUUGGAGGCAGCGGCAGUUUUAGGGGUUAUAAUGGGAGGUGGAACAGAGCAAGAAAUCGAAAAGCUUAGAAAGUAUGCUAGGUGUAUUGGACUACUGUUUCAGGUUGUUGAUGACAUUCUCGACGUAACAAAAUCUACUGAGGAAUUGGGUAAGACAGCCGGAAAAGACGUAAUGGCCGGAAAGCUGACGUAUCCAAGGCUGAUAGGUUUGGAGGGAUCCAGGGAAGUUGCAGAGAAACUGAGGAGAGAAGCAGAGGAACAGCUUCUAGGGUUUGAUCCAAGUAAGGCGGCGCCUUUGGUGGCUCUUGCCAGCUACAUUGCUUGCAGACACAACUGAUACUUUUCAUGGACUGAUCAAUGCAUCUAAUCUUCUAACAAGUCCUUUUACUUGGAUCUAUGGUCUUGUUUUUUAUAAAUCAUCAAUGCUGUGUGAUCAUCUCUCUCAUGUGUUUUCAAGUUGUAUUAUGUUUUUGAAUCUUAAUAAUGUAAUGUUGGAAAAAUAUCAAUACGGUUUGCUCAUAGGAACUAAAUCUUAGCGU